GUUAGUCUGUGGGGGUGUUAGACACUCUGGCAGCGGCGCGCACGCGGGAGAAAAGCACGAGGCGAGGCGGGUUUCUCGAGCGCGAGACAGCACAUUAAUCAGCCUGUCAUCCCAAGCCGUUAUAGACCACCUACACAUCAAUUCCUCAUGUGUGUGCCUGAGCCCAUGCCAGGCGGGUGUGAGAUGGCAAUCAAUGGCCACCAGUGGAGUUGAAGACUUGGCAAAUGGGCCUAUGCGGCCAGCCCUCAUCGUUCAAGCAAAGUCCGUUGUAGUUCAUUCACCCAAUGUUCGAGGGCCCCCCAACAGUGAAAGAAAGAGACUUCAGGGUGGCGCUGGCGAUUCGCUGUCACAUCCCAAUGUAAGAGUGCUGUACGAUCGGCCCUCUGGUGUCUCAGGAAUUGCCUCACAACGUGCCUAUCCACACGUGCCUACACUCUCGUCUCCAUCUGCCAUCAGAGUUACUUGCUUACAGAGCACAAGUGCUUAUUCUUUGAAUGGUGCUAGUAAAAAUUUAAAUAAGCACAGUUUAUCUAAGAGCUUGCCACAUAUUAACGCCGCUCCCGCUGCAUGCCAUAGCCACCGUCAACGCCACUGGAACCUCGAUUCAUUCAGGCUCAAAUCAGGACUGUUAGGAAAAAGGGCCUUUUCACCCCAACGUUCUGUUUGUCCUGCCUGUCCCUCCCCUCCCAAGUCGAUUCCUCAAAGGGCAUCUGUAGUAGUCGAAAAAAACAUGCCUACCAAUCAGUCUUUACCUUGGUCGAGCAGCAAGCUCAGGGACAACAGCAAUGGAGUCGUGCAGCCCCCCAAUGCCAAAAUGCCCUCGUACUCCAACCAAGAGACCGGUGAUUUGCACACUCCCGCUAUCAUCGUAUCCCGCUGCAAUGGAUCUUUUUCGAGAGGCGUAAAAGCCGUUGCAACUAAACCAUCCGUGCCUUUGAAAGACUCACACGCUGACAUGCUUUUAAACAAGUGCAAAGCAGCCAAUGAUUUGCAGCGGAUAGUAGAGGAAGCCGUCAGAGGGAGUGAGCACGCUGCCUGUGAAGCUCCUCAGAGAGUGUCAGGAAUCAGCUCUGGGGUGGAGUUCACGGCCUCCGUGAAAACAUUAUCCAGAAACAACGUACACGCAAGACACGGGACACUCAAUGGUCCGAAACCUCCCUCCAGAUUUAAUGGGGAUUGCACUGUGCCCAUCUGCCUGAGUAAUGAAGAUAAGGACUCAUGUGUUGCAACACCCAUGGAAACCAAUAGUUUUGAUCAGAUUGAUAAUGGCCCCUUGACUGUUGUCUGCGAUGGGAAAGUACAGGGAAACGAUUGUGCCAUUCUGGAGGUGGUGGACCAUGUUAUGACCUCUCCUCAAUCACCUUCUGUUUACACCGUGACAAACCAGAUAUCUGCCAUUUACCUCACAAAGGAAGAAUGCUCUCCGGAAGACCCAAGCCUUUGUCAACCUGAAGAAGAGAAGGAACAUGACCCUGAGGUUCAGAGACAGCACAUGUUAUUAGAUGGUGAUGAGGAGGAGCUUCCAGAUAAACUGGAAAAUGACAGUUAUGAUGAUGACUCGGAUUGUGAUACUUCUUCCACAACAUCUAUUACUGCUACAUUAAAUGUCGAGGAGCCCGGGAUCCCUGAUGCACAGGGGGAUCUGGUGGAAAAACCUGCUCUUGUGCCCAGUCAUUUCCCCCACAUGCCCCCUACACUAUACUUCAGCACUGCCAGUGAGAAGGUGGAGCUCUUACCUCCUGAACAGAUGAAUCGGCUCAAAUGGAAGAUAACUUCAGUCACUCCCAAUGUGGUGAAAAACACCAUCUCCAGAUCACACUUUAAAGACACCAAAAAGAGUCAUGAUUGGCUGGGCUGCUGGGGUCACCAUAUGAAGUCACCAGGGUUCAAGACCAUUAGAGAGUAUCAGAAGCUGAACCACUUUCCAGGCUCCUUUCAAAUUGGAAGGAAGGACCGGCUGUGGAGGAACCUGUCCAAGAUGAAGGCACGCUUUGGCAAGAAAGAGUUUGGCUUCUUCCCACGCUCCUUCAUUCUCCCACAGGACAUCAAGCAACUGAGGAAGGCCUGGGAGGAGGGAGCCAGCAAACAUAAAUGGAUCGUCAAACCGCCUGCGUCUGCUCGUGGAAUGGGCAUUCAGGUCAUCCACAAGUGGAGCCAAAUGCCACGCAAAAGACCGCUUCUCGUGCAAAAGUAUCUUCACAAGCCCUACCUCAUCAGUGGGAAUAAGUUCGAUCUGCGCAUCUACGUGUAUGUGACCUCUUUCGACCCACUGCGUAUUUACAUCUUUAAUGAUGGACUGGUCCGAUUUGCAAGCUGCAAAUACUCUCCGUCAAUGAAAACCCUCAGCAACAAGUUCAUGCAUCUUACAAACUACAGUGUCAAUAAGAAGAACUCUGAGUAUCAGAGUAACAGCGACGAUAAGGCCUGUCAGGGCCAUAAAUGGGCUUUGAAGGCUCUAUGGCAGUACCUGGGUUCUCAAGGAGUCAACACCACUGUAAUCUGGGAGAAGAUCAAAGAUAUGGUCAUCAAAACCAUCAUUGCGUCAGACCCAUAUGUGAACGGGCGGAUGAAGAAGCAUAUGAUUCCUCCCUAUAGCUGUCACGAGCUGUUUGGCUUUGACAUCAUGCUGGAUGAGAACCUGAAGCCGUGGGAGCUGGAGGUGAACAUCUCUCCCAGUCUGCAUUCUAACACACCACUGGAUGUCAGCGUUAAGGGUCAAAUGAUAAGGGACCUGCUGAAUCUUGCUGGCUUCAUGUUGCCAAAGAUAGAAGAUGUCCCUUCAGACAGUGCCAGUAGCUCCACCAGCAGUUUAUGUGGAGUAGCACGAGAGAGAUGGAGAGCAGACCUUUCGACUGAUGAGAAAGUUAAGCAAGCGUUUUAUCUUAGUCAGCGCAAUGGAGACCAGGAUUUCUGUGCCACAGUUCUGGACGUGCUGACGGCUGAUGAUGUGCGUGUCCUGGCAGAGAGCGAAGACGAGUUGAGUCGCAAAGGAGAUUUUGAGCGAGUCUUUCCCUCUCACACGUCCACCCGCUACCUCCGUUUCUUCGAACAACAGCACUACCUCAAUAUUCUCCUCAACCAGUGGGAGCAAAAAUACUGGCUCAACAGGAGCAUAGGUAUUAAUCUACUGAGGGAUUUGUGUGAGAAGAAGGUGCACCUGGGUAACCUUGCAGAUUCAGUUCAUCACUGGUCUUCUAAGUCAUACCAUGGACACAGAUCCUUCCAUACAAGAUCUGGUUUAAUGUUCAGUCAGAGGUCUGAUGCUGAAGACGAGGACCUGUCCGAUCAAGAGGUUCAGUCGGUCACCGGCAGUCUUCCAGACAUGAACUUGCUGAGUACUGUUAGCCUGAGCCCCAGUCCCACAUCCAGCUCCAGCACGGCUAGCGACAACCCAUCCUCCCACGACGACCUUUGAGCAACUAAACGCUGGACAUUUGGAGCUUCCAAGUUAUGCACAAAGAUGCACUGAUGCACAUGCAUACGAAAGGUGUGUCAAGGACCUAUUUUUGCCGACCUGAGCUGUUCGAGAUUGUUCUUGCCUCUCUAUUUUGGAGGAAAAGAAACAAAAAACUAAUUACAAUAACUGGCCAUAGAGAGUCAUAAAUGCUAUUUAUUUAUUUCAGUGAGCGUUUUGCUGCUGGAACAGACAUACACAGUAUUCAUUGUUUCAUUGUAUUCAGUGCAGAGGUGGAACGAGCACUGUUUGGGUUUUGAGCUGUUUGUUGUGUUUCCAGCUGAGCCUUUAAGAGACUCGUGCUUUGUUUACAUCAGGUCUGUGCAUACCUCUGGGGCGGUACAGAUAUCGGCUGGUUUUAACGUGUGAAAAGAAAAUGUGAAGUUUUGAAAACAGAUGCCAUUGAAAAAAUAAAAUUAUUAAAGGGAGAUUCUCAGGUUAUAGUUUUUUUAAUUAAAAUCGAUGUUUGAAUUGUGA